GGGAGGAGCCGCGCGCAUGUGCACAGCUGGCGCCCCCCGCCCCCCGCGCACAGCUGGGACGUGGGCCGCAGUUGGGCGGCGGGAGGGCGCAGUCCAGAGCCGGCGGCCGACGCGCCGGGCCCUCACGAUCGGUCCGAGUGUCCGCGUGUCCUGCGCGCCGUGGGCCAUGGCCGUGCACCCCGCGCGUCCCGCGCGCCCCUGCCUGCUGGCGCUUGUGAUGUGCUGCUGCUGGGGGGUGCUGGCCGUGGUCGCCCAAAAGCCGGGCAACGGGUGUCCUAGCCGCUGCCUGUGCUUCCGCACCACCGUGCGCUGCAUGCAUUUGCUGCUGGAGGCCGUGCCCGCCGUGGCGCCGCAGACGUCCAUCCUGGAUCUUCGCUUCAACAGAAUCCGGGAGAUCCAGCCGGGCGCCUUCAAGGGGCUGAGAAACUUGAACACGCUGCUUCUCAACAAUAAUCAGAUCAAGAGUAUCCCUAGCGGCUCAUUUGAAGACUUGGAGAAUCUAAAAUACCUCUAUCUGUACAAGAAUGAGAUCCAGUCAAUUGACAGGCAAGCUUUUCAGGGACUUGCCUCUCUAGAGCAACUAUACCUGCACUUUAAUCAGAUAGAAACGCUGGACCCAGAGUCAUUUCAGCAUCUGCCCAAGCUGGAGCGGCUAUUUUUGCAUAACAACCGAAUUACGUACUUGGUUCCGGGAACGUUCAAUCACUUGGAAUCCAUGAAGCGAUUGCGGCUGGACUCAAACGCCCUUCGCUGUGACUGUGAGAUCCUGUGGCUGGCGGAUUUGCUGAAAACCUACGCCCGGUCGGGGAACGCACAGGCCGCGGCCACCUGCGAAUACCCUAGGCGCAUCCAGGGCCGGUCGGUGGCGACCAUCACCCCGGAAGAGCUGGACUGUGAAAGGCCGCGGAUCACGUCGGAGCCCCAGGACGCGGACGUCACGCUGGGCAACACGGUUUUCUUCACCUGCAGGGCCGAGGGCAACCCCAAGCCCGAGAUCAUCUGGCUCCGAAACAACAACGAGCUGAGCAUGGCGGCCGACUCUCGCCUGAACCUGCUGGAUGACGGGACGCUGAUGAUCCAGAACACGCGGGAGGCGGACCAGGGCGUGUACCAGUGCAUGGCCAAGAACGUGGCCGGGGAGGCCAAGACGCAGGGGGUCACCCUGAGGUACUUCGGGUCUCCAGCUCGCCCCGCUUUUGUGAUCCAGCCCCAGAACACAGAGGUGCUGGUGGGUGAGAGCGUCACCCUGGAGUGCAGCGCCACGGGCCACCCGCCCCCCCGGAUCACCUGGACCCGAGGCGAUGGGACCCCCCUGCCUGUGGACCCUCGGGUGAGCAUCACGCCCUCUGGCGGCCUGUACAUCCAGAACGUGGUGCAGGAGGACAGCGGCGAGUACACCUGCUUCGCGGCCAACACCGUGGACAGCGUCCACGCCACGGCUUUCAUCAUCGUCCAAGCUCUGCCUCAGUUCACCGUGACGCCGCAGGACAGAGCGGUCACCGAGGGCCAGACCGUUGAUUUCCACUGCGAAGCCAAGGGCUACCCGCAGCCGGUCAUCGCCUGGACGAAAGGAGGGAGCCCGCUGUCCGUGGACCGGCGGCACCUGGUCCUGUCAUCGGGGACGCUCAGGAUCUCGAGCGUCGCGCUGCAUGACCAGGGCCAGUACGAGUGCCAGGCCGUCAACAUCAUCGGCUCGCAGCGGGUCACGGCGCACCUGACGGUCCAGGCUCGAGUGACCCCAGUGUUCGCCAGUGUCCCCAGCGACGUGACGGCAGAGGUGGGCAGCAGCGUGCAGCUGCCUUGCAGCUCGCAGGGGGAGCCGGAACCCGCAAUCACCUGGAACAAGGAUGGGGUUCAGGUGACGGAAAGUGGGAAAUUCCACAUCAGCCCCGAGGGCUUUCUGACCAUCCACGACGUUGGGACGGCGGACGCUGGCCGCUACGAGUGCGUGGCCCGGAACACGAUGGGGCAGGCGUCGGUCAGCAUGCUGCUCAGCGUGAACGUUCCCGAUGUCAGUCGGAACGGGGACCCCUUUGUGGCCACGUCCAUUGUCGAAGCCAUCGCGACAGUGGACAGAGCCAUCAACUCCACGCGGACACACCUGUUCGACAGCCGACCUCGCUCCCCAAACGACCUGCUGGCCUUGUUCCGCUACCCGCGGGACCCCUACACGGUGGAGCAGGCCCGGGCUGGGGAGAUAUUCGAGCGGACCCUGCAGCUGAUUCAGGAGCACGUGCGACACGGCCUGCUGGUUGACCUCAAUGGAACCGGUUACCACUACAACGACCUCGUGUCCCCCCAGUACCUGGGCCUGAUUGCCAACCUCUCGGGCUGCACGGCGCACAGACGCGUCAACAACUGCUCGGACAUGUGCUUCCACCAGAAGUACCGGACGCACGACGGCACCUGUAACAACCUGCAGCACCCCAUGUGGGGCGCCUCGAUGACGGCCUUCGAGCGCCUGCUCAAGGCCGUGUACGAGAACGGCUUCAACACGCCCCGCGGCAUCGACCCCAGCCGGCGCUACCACGGGCACCCGCUGCCCGUGCCCCGCCUGGUGUCCACGGCCCUCAUCGGCACGGAGGCCGUCACCCCAGACGAGCAGUUCACGCACAUGCUCAUGCAGUGGGGCCAGUUCCUGGACCACGACCUGGACUCCACGGUGGUGGCCCUGAGCCAGGCCAGCUUCUCUGAUGGGCAGCACUGCAGCGCCACGUGCAGCAGCGACCCGCCCUGCUUCUCGGUGGCCAUCCCCCCCGACGAUCCUCGGGCGCGCAGCGGGGCGCGCUGCAUGUUUUUCGUGCGCUCCAGCCCCGUGUGCGGCAGCGGCAUGACGUCGCUGCUCAUGAACUCCGUGUACCCCCGCGAGCAGAUCAACCAGCUCACCUCCUACAUCGACGCCUCCAACGUCUACGGCAGCUCGGAGCACGAGGCCCGCGCCAUCCGCGACCUGGCCAGCCAGCGUGGGCUGCUGCGCCAGGGCAUCGUGCAGCGCUCCGGCAAGCCGCUGCUGCCCUUUGCAGCCGGGCCGCCCACCGAGUGCAUGCGGGACGAGAACGAGAGCCCCAUCCCCUGCUUCCUGGCCGGCGACCACCGCGCCAACGAGCAGCUGGGCCUGACCAGCAUGCACACGCUGUGGUUCCGCGAGCACAACCGUGUGGCCGCCGAGCUGCUGGCGCUGAACCCGCACUGGGACGGCGACACCAUCUACCACGAGGCCCGCAAGGUGGUGGGGGCACAGGUGCAGCACAUCACCUACCAGCACUGGCUGCCCAAGGUGCUGGGCGAGGCGGGCAUGAAGAUGCUGGGGGAGUACCGCGGCUACGAUCCCGGCGUCAACGCCGGCAUCGUCAACGCCUUUGCCACGGCCGCCUUCCGGUUCGGCCACACGCUGAUCAACCCAGUGCUGCAGCGGCUGGACGAGAACUUCCAGCCCAUUGCGCACGGCCACGUGCCUCUGCACAAGGCCUUCUUCUCCCCGUUCCGCAUCGUGAACGAGGGUGGCAUCGACCCGCUGCUGCGCGGCCUGAUCGGCGUGGCGGGGAAGAUGCGCGUGCCGUCGCAGCUGCUGAACACGGAGCUCACGGAGCGGCUCUUCUCCAUGGCGCACACCGUGGCGCUGGACCUGGCUGCCAUCAACAUCCAGCGCGGCCGCGACCACGGCAUCCCGCCCUACCACGACUUCCGCGCCUACUGCAACCUCUCGGCUGCGCACACCUUCGAGGGCCUGAAGAACGAGAUCAAGAACCCUGAGAUCCGGGAGAAGCUGCGGCGGUUGUACGGCUCCCCUCUCAACAUCGACUUGUUUCCGGCCCUCAUGGUGGAGGACCUGGUCCCCGGCAGCCGCCUCGGGCCCACCUUGAUGUGUCUGCUAAGCACACAGUUCAAGCGCUUACGAGACGGGGACAGGCUGUGGUAUGAGAACCCGGGGGUCUUCUCCCCCGCCCAGCUCACCCAGAUCAAGCAGACGUCGCUGGCCAGGAUCCUGUGCGACAAUGCCGACAACAUCACGCGUGUGCAGAGGGACGUGUUCCGAGUGGCCGAGUUCCCCCACGGGUACAGCAGCUGUGCCGAGGUCCCCCGGAUGGACCUCCGCGUGUGGCAGGACUGCUGUGAAGACUGCAGAACCAGGGGCCAGUUCAACGCAUUUUCCUACCACUUCCGCGGCAGGCGGUCCCUUGAAUUCAGCUACCAGGAGGACGGGCCGGCCAGGGAGGCGGGGCCUGCAAAGAUGCCAAGAGGCAGGCAGCCCGGGAUGCGUCUCAGCAAUGCCACGGCCACCUCCUUGGAGCGCCCACAGGUGCCAGGCACCGGUGACGUCCGGGAGUUCGUCCUUGAAGUGCAGAAGACCAUCGCGGAGCUCAGGAGGCAGAUAAAGGCACUCGAGUCUCGGCUCAGCACCGGGUGUGUGGAUGCAGACGGCGAGCCUCACGCGGAUGGCACCCAGUGGAAGCGGGACCCCUGCACGCUCUGUGGAUGCCGCGACGGGCAGGUCACCUGCUUCGUGGAGACUUGCCAGCCUGCCAAUUGUCCGGCGCCCGUGAGAGUCGGCGGGGCCUGCUGUCCGGUCUGCCUGGGAGCCUCGGCGGGAAGGGGGCCCUAAGUGCCCGGGAGCCCUGGUGCUCCUGUGCUCGUCCCACGGUUGUGGCCCGUGCAGGGAGUACAGGCUGCCGGGGACACGAGGCGAGGUGUUUCACGGCCAGGACGCGGCGCUGUCACCAGGGGACCAUGGAGCAGACGCGUGUCCUGACGUCAUGUUAGAUUUCUCAGGUUUUUAUUUAAUUUUUUAAUGAAAAAAUUGGUGCUACUAUUAAAUUGCACAGUUACAUCAUUUAGGCUCCUAAGUUGAUUUUACCUAAUAUCACCGUUUCUUCUCAACUGAACGCUAGUCUCGCUUGGUUUCUGACACCAGGAGCUUUCAGUCGCGUCGCCAAGGGCGGGCGCAGAGUGGAGCCGCCAGAGGAGGGACAUGGGAUUUGAAAGCAAGUCAGUCUUUGGCACAGGAGACAGUCCUUUCGGAGGCGCUGGGGGUCGGUCUCCGUGGGGAGCAUGGCUCUGGCCGCCCCCUCCGGCCCCCGCGGCAUCCCGGCGCCCCCCGGUCGCAGAGCAGAGAGCCCCCAGCCGGCCGCCGGAGGAGAGCAACAUCCUGCGACUGCCUCCCACCCGGGACUGCGAGGCUUGUGGCCGCGUUAGGACAGGCCCGUGUUGGCGGUCACUCGCACGCACGCUGCUGGUGUGGACUGGACGUGGAAACCCCGCGCUGUCAGGAUCACUGUCCGUGCAGACACCGCCCGCCCUCGGCCGGCUCAUGCUCCGCUCCGGGCCCGCUGGGUCCCGCCAGAGCCACGGCACAGCCACCCGUUCUGGAUCUUCCACCCGGAGGAACUCGAGUGUGGGGACUUGCUCAUAACUUCAGGUCGUGUGAGUGCGUUGGAGAAGACCAGUCCCUGUAUCUCAUGUGUGUUUUCACAGUGCCUGAUGUUUGAUGACAUUUUGCCCGUGUUUUAGUUUCAGAUGCGGCAGAAAACUUAGCCCCACUCGGCAAAAGUUCUUGUAGAAUUCAGUGAAGCGCAACUUUCAUACCUCGUAAUUUCCCGCUUUAACUGACCGGAAAACCUUCUGUCUUGUUCCAAAUGCAAGGUGGCCUGUGUUCUGAGAAACGUGGUGCCUGGGCACGUCCUCCUGGGUUCUGCGGUCUCGAGUGCCGCCUGGGAGCCGGGCGUGGCACAGACCCAGGGCCCAGCCGCCCUUCCCACGGGAGGCCCAUGAGGGCCCUGGCCGCCUCGGUCCACACGGGCACGUCCGCAGCCCGUCUUGGGGGCGGGGCGGGGCCGGUCACCCACGGUGUCUGGGUAGGGGGGGGCAGCUUGGAAGCCUGGUUUCAGCCCAGCACAGGCGCCUCCCCGCCACAGGAGACCCCGGGUGGGCUGUGCUGACGCUCCAGCCCAAGGGCGUUAAACACGCUCGCCACGUGAUAAACGAAAGCUCUGGUGUUUCAGGGACAUGGGACUUCUUUUGAAAUAUCAAGGCAAACUGAGUAGCCAAAUUUUGGGACUGAUCUCUGUAAACAGAAGACAGAUGACGCCGUCUAAAAGCUGGUGGUUGUGUAACUUGCUCAGGUAGGAAGCGGUGGCAGAUCCACUUUCUGGAGUGUUCCGGAGUGUUCUGGGGCCUGAAGGGGCCCGGGGCUUAUCUGUGGCCUCCUGCAGAGGGUUAAGACGGGAGGCUCGGGCGGUGGCGGGGCUCAGCUCUGUCUGCGCUUCCUGGAGGCUCUGGUUGUGGGCCUGAUGUGCAGGACAGCAGUCAGACCCGGCCGCCACGGGGAAGAGGUGGAGUUGCAGCCGCUUGCUCCUCUCACCGUCUGCCGGCAGCAGGUGCUUCUCUCCCGUGCGUUGUAAUCAGUACGUCACCAAAGAGACAUUUGCACUAUGUAGGGACGCCUUCAGUUCCAAUAAAUGGGCCACGUUCUCAAA